AUGAAUCUAUAUAUGCCAAGUAUCGCUGUUUCGUGGAAGACAGUGGUCAGGUCUAUUGUUACUGCUGCACUGGCUAUUCAAACUACCACGGCAUUUGCCAACUCUCAGCAACUACCAGCAAUUUUUCUAGACUCGAGCAACCCAGGCUGCAUCUUCAGUAUCAAUGGCUUGUCCUACAACCUGUCAUCCGUGUUUUUGACUCCAUUUUUUAAUGCCACAUUAUCUGAAGAUUUUCACGCCCCAACCUUGGAUGUAGUCAAUCUAUAUGGUAGUCCUUGCUCAGUGAUGACAGUUGAUCAAUCUAAACCAUCAGAAGACCAAUGUCCUACCAAUACCAGAUUUUGCGAGAUCACUACAAACUGGAAGCACACUGAUGCUCGGAUUACCAAUGUGCGCCAGUAUGUAGCUGGUGACGCUGCUAUCGCUGCUACCACGGCCAUCUCUGACGGUAUAAGCCUGUCGUACAACGGUUUAAAUGAAACUAUGGUUAUACUGAAUAUCCAUUGCAAAAAAGAAAUUGUCGCACCAUCUGAACCAAGGGUCGUUAUUGACUUGAAGCAAAUUCAACUGAACUGGGAUCAUGCUGGAGGCUGUGGCACAUCAAUCCCAACCGGAUCUUCUCCUGGAUCAUCAUCCAUGUCUACUACUGGAUUCUUUUUCACAAUUCUUUUUGCUGGACUAUUUGGAUAUUUUAUAAUUGGAAUGGCAUAUAAUUAUUCCGUACUCAAAAUUUCCAACUUUCCAGAUAUUCUGCCACAUCACGAGCUGUGGACUGCCUUGGCCUUAAACACAAUGGACUUUUUUGCUUUCUUACGGAACAAGCUUACCGGGUCAUUUGGCGGAAACAAUUAUGUUUCUUUAUAA